GAGGUGAAACAGUUCCUAGGUGAGCCGUCCUUCCAUCAGGCCCCCGGCUCGGGGUGCCCACCUUCCCCAUGGCUGGACACCUGGCUUCAGACUUCGCCUUCUCACCCCCACCAGGUGGGGGUGAUGGGUCAGCAGGGUUGGAGGCGGGCUGGGUGGACCCUCGAACCUGGCUGAGUUUCCAAGGGCCUCCAGGUGGGCCUGGAAUCGGACCAGGCUCAGAGGUAUUGGGGAUCUCCCCAUGUCCCCCGACAUAUGAGUUCUGUGGGGGUAUGGCAUACUGUGGACCUCAGGUUGGACUGGGCCUAGUCCCCCAAGUUGGCGUGGAGACUUUGCAGCCUGAGGGCCAGGCAGGAGCACGAGUGGAGAGCAACUCUGAGGGAGCCUCCUCUGGGCCCAGUGCCGCCCGCCCCAGUGCUGUGAAGUUGGAGAAGGUGGAACCAGGUCCGGAGGAGUCCCAGGACAUGAAAGCCCUGCAGAAGGAGCUCGAGCAGUUUGCCAAGCUGCUGAAGCAGAAGAGGAUCACCUUGGGGUACACCCAGGCCGACGUGGGGCUCACCCUGGGCGUUCUCUUCGGAAAGGUGUUCAGCCAGACAACCAUUUGCCGCUUUGAGGCCCUGCAGCUCAGCCUCAAGAACAUGUGUAAGCUGCGGCCCCUGCUGGAGAAGUGGGUGGAGGAAGCCGACAACAAUGAGAACCUUCAGGAGAUAUGCAAAUCGGAGACCCUGGUGCAGGCCCGUAAGAGAAAACGGACCAGCAUCGAGAACCGUGUGAGGUGGAGCCUGGAGAGUAUGUUUCUGAAGUGCCCGAAACCCUCGCUGCAGCAGAUCACUAGCAUUGCCAAGCAGCUUGGGCUGGAGAAGGAUGUGGUUCGAGUAUGGUUCUGUAACCGGCGCCAGAAGGGCAAAAGAUCAAGCAUCGAGUGCUCCCAACGAGAAGAGUACGAGGCUGCGGGGACGCCUUUCCCAGGGGGGGCCGUAUCCUUUCCUCUGCCCCCAGGCCCCCACUUUGGUGCACCAGGCUAUGGGAGCCCCCACUUUACCACACUCUACUCAGUCCCUUUUCCUGAGGGCGAGGCCUUUCCGUCUGUUCCCGUCACUGCUCUGGGCUCGCCCAUGCAUUCAAACUGAGGCACCAGCCCUUCCUGGGGAUGUAGUGAGCCAAGGCUAGGAAGGGAGGUAGACUAAAAGAACCUGGAGCUUUAGGGUUAAAUUCUUUUACUGAGGAGGGAUUAAAAGCACAACAGGGGUGGGGGGGUGGGGUAAGAAGUUCAGUGAUGCUGUUGAUCUGAGGAGCCUGUCUGUCAUUUGUUUUGUUCUUAAAUAAAGACUGGGACACAAA